CGAAGGCCAAAAGACAGCCUUGAAAAUCAUGUCUAAAACAUCUGUUCUGUCUUUCCUCCUCUGCAUCCUCCUCUGUUUCAUCUCACAGCAAUGUAUGUUCACCUCUGCCGCCCAAGGUAGUUGGGCACUGUUACAGGAAAACAUCGGUAUAGCUGCAAUGCACAUGCAGUUGCUUAACAACGACCGUGUCAUUAUGUUUGACCGAACUGAUUUCGGGCCGCCCAAUUUGUCUUUGCCAAAUGGCAAUUGUCGGAAUGACCCAAAUGACAGGACGUUGAAGGUGGAUUGUACUGCUCAUUCAAUUGAGUACAAUGUUCUUUCCAACACAUUCCGUGCACUCACGGUGCAAACCGACGUUUGGUGUUCUUCGGGUGCCGUGAUGGCCAAUGGCAUGCCGAAUGGAUUAGCUGCAGCAAGAUGGUAUGCCUCUGAUCACAUCUUGCCUGAUGGUAGAAUGAUUAUCGUGGGCGGCCGAAGGCAAUUUAAUUAUGAGUUCUAUCCUAAGAAUACUGCUCCUGGUCUGUUCAGUUUGCCAUUCUCGUCGGAAACAAAUGACCGUGGGGUGGAGAACAAUCUCUACCCUUUUGUUCAUCUCAAUGUUGACGGGAAUGUAUUCAUUUUUGCAAACAAUCGUGCAAUUCUGCUUGAUUAUGUGAAUAAAGUAGUGGUGAAAACGUACCCGAUGAUACCAGGAGCCGAAGCUCGGAGCUACCCCAGCACUGGCUCCUCAGUGUUACUUCCCUUGAAGAACAUACAAGCACCAAAUGUCCAUGCUGAAGUGUUGAUAUGCGGUGGAGGCGCAAAUGGAUCUUAUACCCAAUCAUUAAAGAAAAAGUUCUUACCUGCUUUGGAGACUUGUGCUCGAAUCAAUAUAACAGACCCAAACCCGCGAUGGGUCAUGGAGACAAUGCCACUACGUAGAGUCAUGGGUGACAUGAUAUUACUACCGGAUGGUAGUGUUCUGAUCAUCAAUGGUGCUGCGUCAGCUGGGCUAGUCCGUGAUGGUAGGGUGUUGGUUGCUGGAAGCAAUCCUCAUGCUUAUUACAACUUCACAGGAGUACUUUACCCAACGGAAUUACGCUUAGAAGCAUUUUCUCCGGAGUAUCUCAACCCCACUUUCGAUAACAUCCGUCCAACAAUUGUUGCACCGGUGAAUCAAGGAAUUCUGUAUUAUGGUCAAAAGCAAAAGGUACGUUUCAGUUGUCCAGGGCCAGUGAUCCAGAACCAGGUAGAGGUGGCGCUGGUGGCGCCACCAUUUGUGACACAUUCGUUCUCCCAGAACCAAAGGCUGCUUGUGCUCGGAAACAACAGAAUAAUUGUAUUGAGGAACAACUACUACGAUGUGGAGGCAACCAUGCCACCAUCACCUAUUCUCGCACCCUCUGGAUUUUAUUUGAUGUACAUGAUUCAUCAAGGUAUACCAAGUCAAGGUAUUUGGAUUAACUUAAAAGGACAUUAGUUAUCUUUUAACAAAAGUCAUUGAGAUGUUUUGUGUUCCCUAAUUUCUCAAAAUUAAUUUUCUGAGUUUGUACUGCUAUAAGGCAAGUUGCAAGUGCUAUUUUUGUUUUCUAAUUGAUUUUUGUGAAAAUUGUAAUAUAUUCGAUUUGUGCAUAUGUAUUGUAUGAAACUCAUAAUCAAUAAAAUUGUGGGAUUGAU